AUGGUGCACCGGCAACACCAAACGCUUCUUCCCCCCGUGCAGGGACACCUCUCUGCACAGCCAUUCAUGAAUAACUGUUAUUCUGAAAUGUGCAUGAGUAAUGGUGCUGUAGCUCCUGCUUCACAUGAAAAAAAGCUCGGAUGGGUAGUAGCUGCUAUUUUUAUCGUCGCCGACAUGGUGGGUGGCGGAGUAGUAGCGAUGCCUGUCGCUUUUAAGAAAUCCGGACUGGCUGCUGGAAUUAUUUUCAUGAUUGUAAUCGCAAUUAUGUUUGAAUAUACCGGAUAUCAGCUAGGAGUUGUUUGGUGCAAGAUGAUGGAAAGGUUCCCUCAUUUGGGUGUUUGUCGGAAGCCUUUCCCAGAAAUGGCUAAGCGCACCAUGGGUCCAGGAAUGCAGAGGUUUACUUCGGUUAUGGGAAACAUUACGCUUUUCGGAAUUUCCGUCGUUUACUUGCUGUUGUCUUCCAAGAUUUUACAAUACUUUGUUGACCAGUUUACUGAUUUUGGAGUUGGAAUUUGUCAUGUUAUUGUUAUUCUGGCUAUUACUAUCCUGCCAUUCACAUUCUUGAAAAGUCCUGGAGAAUUCGCUGGUGUAAUUGUUGUCGCUAUGAUCACAACUGUUGUGGCUGUCUUAUCAAUUUUACUCGGAAUCUCGAUGGAUGCUCCUGAAUGCUAUAAAGCCGUCAAGUAUCCAGAACAGGACGGAGGAACUGUGAUGCUCUCUCUUGGUAUCUUCCUCUUUUCCUUUUCUGGACACUACGUCUUUCCCACGAUUCAACAUGAUAUGAAAAAUCCCCGUGAUUUCACAAAGUCUGUACUCGCUGGAUUUGGAGGUGUUGUUCUGCUGUACAUGCCUUUAUCCGUUCUCGGUUAUACCGUCUACGGAGAUUCCCUGGACUCUUCUGUUAUUACCUCUAUUCAGACAAGUUGGCUUCAGCUCGGAGCCAAUUUGAUGAUCGCAAUCCAUUGUAUUAUGACACUUGUUAUUGUUAUUAACCCCUUAAAUCAAGAAGUUGAACACUAUUUGAAAAUUUCCCACGGUUUUGGUUAUGGUCGUGUUAUAACCCGUACUGUUGUUCUUAUUCUCGUUCUUUUUGUUGGACUUUCAGUUCCUGACUUCUCUCCUGUUAUGAAUAUUGUUGGUGCUUCAACUAUUCCCAUCGGAUGUGUUUUCCUCCCUUCUUUGUUCUACCUUUGGUGUGAAGCAACUGAGGAGGAUGAAUGGAGAAAAGGUCAUAUUCCUUCAUUGCGGGAUGUAAUCCGGAGAACAGAUUCUACAGUUUUAAUCAUCAACCUCUUCAUGCUUGGCAUAGCCCUCGUUGGUGGAUGUGUUGGAACUUACGUUGGAAUCGAAAAACUGAAGGAUGCUGAAUUCUCAGCCCCAUGCUAUGUCCGUCCUUUCAUCGAAGAUGUUAGUUCGACAACCUUUUCUAUUAGUCAACGUUGUUGCGGUGCUUAUUGGAACGUCAGUACGUACGGAACACCAGAGAUUUGUUCGCCUCGUACAUUUAAUGUCACGUUGGCCUAA